UUUAUAUUUCCUGGAUUCGACAUUCCUUGAGAGUCAUGUUAGUGUGACUGGAGCAAUGUUUAGGGCGGGGAUAAUCCCCAUACCUAAAUUCACCUUAUCUUCAGUCGCCAUUUGCAUUUCUCGUUGACAACAUGGCCAAUGGAAAACGAAAGAGGCAAGCCUUCACGAUCGGAAGAAAAGUGUGCUUGAUUAAUUUAAUAGAAAGAGCUCGAAGAAAAGCUAACGGCGCUCGCGAACAUGGACAUCUGCUCAUCUGUUUCCACAAUUUUGGAAAAUCGUGACAGCUUCAUCCGUGCUUACGAGAACAUGUCACAAAACAAGAAACCUCUUAGGUCUGUCGAGAUGACAUCGACGAAGCCUUACUAAAGUAUAAAGUAGUUCAAGGUCCAAAGAAGUGCGAACAUCACGAUAAGUGGGUCAAUCUUGAAACUGAAGCUAGUGCAGUAUGACCAAUGUAAACUGGAGUUAUAACGUUAAUAUAGCAUCAAUUUUGAAAACAGGAAAACGGAGUGCCAAUAAAGGCAACCUCGGUUAUAACGACGGUUUUUACCUGGUCCCUUCGAUGACGUUAUAACCGAGUUCGACUGUAUUUUGAUUCUUUCCAUUCUUGUGAGGCUAUAGGAAAAAUACACACCUGCAUAAAAAUAUACUUCCUAGUCUUGAUCAGAAUUUCCAUAAUGCUAUGGAAUGAAGAUAAAGAAUUAGACUCUGGUUAGAUGGGUGAUCGCUUGAAAACUUGGACAGACAAAUGGGAAGCCAAUGACCUUGGAUGGCAGGAAAAGAAUGUGAACCCCAGGUUAUUACAGCAUGUGGAGACUUUGACCCAGGGGAAAAAGCCUUGUCAAAUUUAUCUUCCCCUUUGUGGAAAAGCACCUGAACUCAAAUGGUUUUAUGACCUUGGCCACAAUGUAGUCGGGGUGGAAGGUGCUGAGAAGGGGAUCAGGGAAUUUUUUGAGGAAAAUAAUCUCUUGUUUGAUGUAAGCACUGAUGAGUCUGGGAUUCCCUGUUACAAGAGCAAAGAUGGAAGAAUGAAGAUUUUCAAGAGCGAUAUAUUCAAAAUCCCAAUUGAGAAACUGGGCAGAAUUGAAGCUGUGUGGGACAGGGGCUCCUUUGUGGCCAUUUGGAAGGAGGACAGGGAGGAAUAUGUGUCACACAUGUCCAAACUUUUGUCUUCUGGAUCAAAGAUCUUCAUGGAAUAUAUUUACUACAAUGAAGAUCUAACAGAAUUCAGAGGUGCUCCUCGAAGUGUAUCAACUGAAGAACUGAGGAAGCUUUUUGGUGCAGCCUUCAAGGUUGAAGAUCCUUUGCAUGUAGAGGAUUGGGCAAAUCAUGAGAGGGCAAAAAGAUGGAAAGUUCAAGAUUUGUGGGUGAUGGACACCUUUCUGACCAGGAUUUGA